CAGUUGGAUUGGAGUUUUGCUAAUAGCCAAAUUCAAGCCAUGUUUUCUACCACAAAUUUUGUCAGUAGAUAGAAAGAAGAGAUUAGUUAACUUCAGUUGAGUUUACGGAGAGAGUUGUAAUUGUAAAAUCAAAGGGGAUUGGGGGCAAGUUUUGUAAUUAUUUGCUCACUCUCGCACAGGCUGUAAGCAAAAAUCUUCCCUUUCACCAGAACACAAGCCUUCUCUCGAAAAACCCCUCUUAGAGUGAUGAAGAAUCCAUCCGAUUCUUUUCAUCCCAAUAAAACCUGAAAGUCCCUUCUUUAUUCUUUCCACUUCCAUAUUUUAUUUAAACAAGUUCUCAUCUUUUCUUGUUUAGAAUAUUGGCUUAUUCUUAUUAAUGGAAAUGGCGCUUGAAUUUUCAAUUCGAAGCCAACCCACUUUUAUCACUUCAACAAAGUCCUCGUCUUUCAUGCUUUUCAAUCGAAAUUUGAAGUUCCCAUCAAAGUUUUUAUCCAAAAUUGAGCACUACCCAACUCCUCUAAUCUCUAGCUUUCCCAAUCCCCGAGUUUUCAAAUCCUUUGGAUUGCCAAAAGCUGGCACUUUUGGAAACCAAACACGUUUGGGGUUAUUAAGUGAAGAAAAUGAUGUGGGCAAUGAUCAGAAUUUGAAUUUGGUGAAAAGAGUACUUUUGGUGGCAAUGGUUUGUGGUAUAUUGAUCUUUGUAUGCAAAAGAGUACUUGCUGUAGAAGAAGCGGGUAAUGCUGGCUAUGAGGUGAUUGGGAAGUCCAAAUUGUUGUUGAGGAAUGCUUGGCCUAAGGCAUCUAUGCUUCUUAAAGUGUUCAAGGAGCAAGGUGUGGUUUUGACAGUGCUUUUGGGUCUGUCUGCUUUCUUCUCAAUGGCUGAGACUGCUAUAACUACAUUAUGGCCUUGGAAGAUACGGGAGCUGGCCGAAAAAGAGUCUGAAGAUGGUGUAUUCAAAAUGCUUCGAAGUGAUGUAACUCGCUUUCUCACAACCAUUCUUAUAGGCACCACUGUGGUCAAUAUUGGAGCAACCGCUAUUGUCACAGAUGCUGCAACAGAAAUAUUUGGAGAAGCUGGUGUUAGUGCAGCAACUGGAGUAAUGACUGUUGCCAUAUUGCUUCUCACUGAGAUCACUCCAAAGAGUAUAGCUGUUCACAGUCCGACCGAGGUUGCCAGAUUUGUGGUUAGGCCAGUGGCAUGGCUUUCUGUAAUACUAUAUCCAGUGGGAAGAGUUGUCACAUAUCUAUCCAUGGGGAUGCUCAAAAUUCUUGGUCUAAAAGGAAAAAGUGAACCUUAUGUUACGGAGGAUGAAUUGAAGCUGAUGCUACGAGGGGCAGAGUUGAGUGGUGCAAUAGAGGAGGAGGAACAGGAUAUGAUCGAAAAUGUGUUGGAGAUAAAAGAUACCCAUGUUAGAGAGGUGAUGACACCUCUAAUUGAUGUAGUUGCAAUUGAUGCAAGCUCAACUCUUGUUGAGUUCCACAAUCUGUGGUUAAAUCAGGAAUAUUCAAGGGUGCCUGUUUUCGAGCAACGUGUUGACAAUAUAGUGGGUAUUGCAUAUGCUAUGGAUCUACUAGAUUAUGUUCCCAAGGGUGAACUGCUAGAAAGUAUUACUGUGGGAAACAUGGCUCACAAACCCGCAUACUUUGUGCCCGAUUCAAUGUCAGUCUGGAAUCUUCUUAGAGAGUUUCGCAUUAGGAAGGUUCACAUGGCUGUUGUUCUUAACGAAUAUGGUGGAACAGUUGGAAUAGUCACCUUGGAAGAUGUGGUUGAGGAGAUUGUCGGUGAAAUUUUUGAUGAAAACGAUUCAAAAGAGGAGAUCCAGAAGAAAACCGGCUAUAUUGUAAUGCGAGCUGAGGGAAUCUUUGAUGUAGAUGCUAAUACAUCUAUUUAUCAACUUUCUGAAGAUCUACAGAUCAAGUUGCCAGAAGAACAUCAAUAUGAGACAGUGUCAGGUUUUGUCUGUGAGGCCUUUGGAUAUAUACCAAGGACAGGUGAGAGUAUUAAGGUAGUCCUUGAAAAGGGAGACGAAGAAAAUGAUGAGAAUGCUGAAGCUGGAUACGAUCACCAAGAUCUGAAGCAUCAAGUUUAUAAACUUGAGAUAUUAGCAGGAAAUGCCAGGAAAGUUAGUGCUGUUCGAUUUGAAAGGAUAAACGACGAGGAAGCUCUAUUAGAUACUACGGCAGUAACUCUAACGAUUCCAAAAAUCAUGAAGAGGAAACGGAGAAAUGAUGAAGACUCAGAUCAGUAUAUAACUGCUGAUCGUAACGAGAAUAAGCAAGAGUCUUGAUGGAUUAUAGUUAUAUAUAUAGAUGAUAUAUAUGUUACACUUUAUUUCUCUCAUUUUCCCCCGAAGACUGCCCUUUUCCCCUUACCAUUUCUUACAGCCCCAUAACAAGAUGUAAAGACUCGAACUGAAGAACGAAACAAAAAUAUGAGAACAUUGUACGGUUGUUCACAGAUGAAGUGAAGUGUCAACAUCUGAAUCAUUAAAGUUUCACCGUAUACAAAUCCUUGGAGAGGCGGUCUAGGCUGAAGGAUCAAAUCGGAAUGG